CCUCGAUUGACUAGGCCUUUACGGAAACGCUAAUCAGAUUACCAGAUGAUGUAAUUUUUCUUUUUUCAAACGUUUUCUCAUUGAAGAAAGAAAAACAAAAACAUCCGGAACUCGGAUCAGCCUUUUCGUAAAGGCCUACUGUAAUUUGGGCCUUAUUUUAAGGUAAAAAGAAGAGAUGAGAUGAUGUCUGUCAGCCUAACCUCACUUUUCUGCCAAUUUUUUGUGUAAUUUUUGUUUAUUUUAUUUUUAUUGAAUUUUUAUUAUUAAGUAAAAAUUAGUGUGUGAAAUGGACAGUAUAGGAGCAGCUUGUCACGAGCUAAAGAAACAAUACGAUGACUGCUUCAAUUUGUGGUUUUCGGAGCACUUUUUGAGAGGACGAACAAAUGAUUCGAUGUGUGCCUCUUUAUUCAAAACAUAUCAGGAUUGUGUAAAGAAAGCAAUGAAAGAACAAAACCUUGAUUUGGAUGAAGUUAAAAAAGACCUCUUGGGUACAUCACAAGAAAAGAAGCCCCCACAAAAAUCAUGACAACAGCUGGGAAAUAUUUAAUACAGAUAAUAAUAUAAUAUACAGAAGAUCAUUGAAAGCAGAAUUUGUCAGUAACUUUUUUUCACCUUCACCUUUAUAUUGCAAAUUUUGCUUUUGAUCUCCACUCACGUAAACAAGCACUCUGUGUUAAUAAGUAUUAUAAGAUAUUAGGGUGAAAUAUUUGUAUUCUCAAAUGCCAUUGUAUGAGUCUUAUACUAAGAUUAAUGUACCAACCAACUGUAAAACAAUAAUUGGACCCCAAUUUGUUGUUUUUCUUAAUUGGGAAAACCUAUUAUUCAAACAAAAUCAAAAGCUUAGCUGGCCUGUACUUAUUUGUAGAUGAUUACCCAAUAAUUGCAUUUUCUCAUUUAGGUAUGCUUGAUUUUAAAAAAAUAUAUGGAAAAAAUCACAAUUUACAUUAAUAUUAAGUUUUACAUUUUUUUGUUUAAUUAUUGUUACCUAAUUUUUUGCUAUUUUGGUUUUUGAAUGUUUGAAAUACAUAAUAUCA